GUCGACGGGAUUGGAUUGUCGGAAUUGAGCUUCUAGCUUCAGAAGUAGCAGAAGUGUGGCCGUUCGUGGGCGCUCCGUUUUGAAGCUGGGAUCAGGAUUGAGUUGUGGAUUGCUGAGGGGAGACACAUAUCUUCUUCUUCUUCUUCUUCGGUACUUGUUGGGUUGGGUUGUUGCAGAUAACCACCAAGGAGGAGAUUUUUCCCGCCACCCAAAAACACCCACAACGGGGGGGUUGGUAAGGUAUUUUUUUCUCGCUUUGCUGCUUGGUCACUAACUAUGGCUGUGGAUUACAACUUUUACCUUUCUUCGGGUGAAGUUGAUGCUGCACGGAGAGGACUCUACUACUCUAGUGAAUGGUGUUAUACUUAGUGUCCUUGCUGGGAUGCGUACUCUGGACCCAUAUCAUAUGGAAUAGCUGCGUUGUGAUUCAGCACGUCGAUGGAGGAUUCCCUGGUGAAUUGUGCUGCAUUGGCGGGUAUUCGAUUACCUAGUGCUCAGUGUUUGGAUGGGUGAAUAUUGACCGAGAUCAGGGAGGGCAAGUGAGAUUGAUUUUUCGUUGACCUUUGGUGGUGCUACGCUAUGAUUGUUGACCUUUCUAGGAUCACGGUAGCAUCUGGUGUGAAGGGGGUAAGUUGAAACGUGUUGACCGAGAUCAGGAACGCCACCUGUUCUUGACACAGCAAAUAAGGAAAACCGAAAGCAAAUUCGGAAAAUUACUCGCAAGUGAAACUAGGCUGAUUUGUUCGUGUCCUAGUCACGGUUACCCAGAUACCAACCACUCAAAAAGGAUUUCAUCAAUAAAGGAUUCACGGCACGUUUCCCCAGUGUUAAUUCGUUGAUUUGUAUUCAACCUGGAUCGUCCGGUUUGUCACUGCUCCGAGAUUCGGGCUAUCAAUUGCAAACAACAGAAGUGAUCCGGCACAAAACCUGGGACAGUGAUGUUCUAACCCUUGGGCUCCCCUCAAAAUUAUAGCCCUCUGCUGAAUUCCGUCAGCCUAAUACAACGACUGACACAGUGCCAUAAAUAAAUCCUAAACGUUUGUUCGUUUAAGUGCACCCCCUUUUCGUGAUUCAUUCGGGAAACUGUCCUGGAUUUGUGCAACAGCUCAGCUCCCAAAAGUUAUGGUGUGUGAUUGGUGCAUUCUGCUCGUGAAUUGAAUGUCGAACGUGAAUUGCCAGCACCCACAUACACACAUCAGUCAGGCGUUCAGGAAGAGUUGAAAAUUAUGCAUUUCCCCCGGCCACCAUCAUCAAUUUCGUUAUAGGUUGUGAUCGUUUGUGCUUCAGUGUUGUCCAUUGUGUGAUUCCGGUUGUUUGUGGAAAAGGGUGAGAAUAAAUACCCUCACCAUUAGCCAGAUGCCAACGACAAUUUGGCAAUCGGUACGUGGAAUGCGUGAAUGAUUAAUUAAAAAUUUAGAACCGUGCCUGGAGCGGCACACUUCUAGUGGUUUUUGGCGUGGUGUGGCGUUGCCGGAAUAGUGUUAUUGUGGAUAAACCGCAGCGCGCAGCGGAGUUCAAAUACGCAACAGCAACCAGAUCGUUCUGCCACAACAACGGAUUCCGGGACCAGGGCAAAAUUUGGGGGCCCCCGUGUGCGAAAUUUUACCUUUUUGUGUUGUGGGGCGCAUUUUUACGCCGGCCGACGAUGAAGCUGAGGCGUACCGGAGAAGAAAUUCAUAAAUACGUGGCUUUACGAGCUGCUGCCAACGCGACGCGGAGUGAUCUUAGUGCUGCUGCCGGACGCCGCCGGUUAUUGUCGUCGUCGUUGUGUUCCAAAAGCGCGUCGAUUUGUGGCCAAGUUCUGCGUUCCCUCAGUUGAGGCCAGGGCAAUCCUUGUUCUCUUGCGAGUAGUAAAGAUAUUCAAAUUAAACGGAUGAUGUCCCAUAAAUCAAGCGUUAAUAUGAAUUCCGAGCGCUGGAAUGCUUUCAUUUCCAGUCGUAAAGUGUGAUUAUACUAGAUGCAUUUGGAAUUGCGUUCGUUCGGUUCGUCUGCACAUCUGUGAUAUUUUUUGGGAGAUGGAAAGAAAAGCAAAUAGUGUCGUUCGCAGCUGAGGUUUUUGGGCCAACCGAAAUUUCAGGCAAACAAAUAAACGUUGAUAUUGGGUCCGCCAUCUGACAUACCGCCCAAAUAAAAUCCAACUCGAGCAGCAGCAGCAACGUCCUUUGGCCAGGCAAAACGUUCCACCACAAGAUACAACACAAUGUUCGUUCAACCCAACCUUAGCCAUCAGAACGGAAAUCAGUGCAUGUACAGAAGCUAUCCUGUCCUUCCACAGAAUUCCUUUCCCCAGGUCCAUCAGCCAUAUCUAUACCACUCGAUGACCCUUCCAUGACAGUACAGCCAAAAUAGACAGACCCGUAAAAACAAUUGCUAUUACUGCAACAACAACAUCAAUCUUACUUGCACCUGUCUCUCGUCGAGUGCCCUAGGAUAUUUCUACUCGACGUCACAAACCCUCAACUCAGCACCAUCGACACUUCCCAGAAGGUCCCGUAGAUCCAAUCACCACAAUCUGCCCUAUUGCUAUCCACACGGUCCCAUUCUACCCCCUUAUCCCUUCCAACAGCAUCAACAAUCACAACAUCAACAACAACAACCACAAACAAAACCACCCCCACAACAAUCUCAAGCCCAAACCCAACUCCACCCACAUCUGCUGGAAACGGCAACGAAAGCCACCAGCACCUCCUCAACCCCACCCGUUUUGCACGACAAAUCGGCCCAAGUGAACGAAACCAUGCUCGGCAUCCAGGACCAGGAGGACCCCCUAGAUUCGCCGGCCCUCUCGGCCUCCCCUCCGCCGGCCACGCCCCCUCGGCCACCCCCGGUCCGAAACGGGUGCCAACGCUGUCGGUUCAAUGCCUCGGUAAUAUCCGCUGCGUCCAGCUUGAGCCGAUCCCACCAGCAUCUGCCGGCAUCCGGAAGUGCCAGCGCCAGCAACACCCUGACUCGGGGAAACACGCACAACUCAAGCCUCCGGGAGACGUCAACUGGUGGUGCUGGUGCCGGUCGUACCAGAGCCGGAAGUGGACCGGGAACGGAUGGAAUGCCAGGGCGGAAUCAUAUUGCAACCAGCACCGGGCAGCUGCAUACGUCGGCUUCGGUGGCCAGCAAUCACCAUGCGCAGCACAACGGUGGCAUCAGCACCUAUACUGGAGGAGGCGGAGGAGGAGGAGGAUACGACCGGGGCCGGCUGCUGGAGGAGGAAGAUUCCGCGUACCCGGCACUGCUGGAACGAGAGCUGCACUCGCUGCACCGGAAUGUCCCAGCGCUACGACGUGCCGGAGUCGACACCACAGCAAUUAGACAGCACUUCUACCCGGACGGAGGCUGGGGCUGGAUCGUUUGCGGUGUAGCGUUUUUGGCCCACGUGCUCACCACAGGGUUUCAACUUUCCUACGGUUUGCUGCUGCUGUACGCGAUACGACACCUGGGUCACCAGGUGAAUACCGAAGCAGGAUGGCUUGGAGCGGCAAGUUGGGCGAUGUCCCUGCUAGCGGCCACAAUUGUUGUUGCUCUUUGCCGAAGAAAGUCCACUCGACUUACAGCGGUCCUCGGAGGAUUGGUCCUGGCGCUCGGGAUCCUGUUUACCUCUUUUGCCACCCAACUGCACCAGGUGGCGUUCAGCUACGGCGUCAUCGUCGGAGUCGGAGCGGCCAUGGUGCGGGAAUCGGCGGCCGUCAUGUUGGGCCAUUACUUCAAACGGCGGAGACAAUUUGUCGAGAUGAUUACGAUGUCGGGCGAAGGUGUUGGAGUGGCACUGUUUUCUGUGAUACUGAAGGAAGGAGUCGGGAAAAUGGGCUGGCGCCUGGGUCUUCAAGCCGUCACCGGACUGGUUUCGUUCAGCUUCUUCAUGGGCCUCCUCUAUCGGCCAGCGUCCCUCUAUCAUCCCCAGCGGCGGGCCAUCUUGCAUCUGAAAAACCAAAGGAAAAAGGUAAAAGAGAAGAAGACCCAUGUCCGGACCCCGAAGCCACCGUUUCUGGAUUUCACGCCGCUCAAAAUGCCCUCGGUGCGGAUGCUCUCGAUUUCUGCGGCCACGGCAGCGUUUGGCAUCUACUCUCCUAUCUUUUUCCUGUCCCUGCACGGUUUCACGGAAGGUUACGACAUGCAGGACCUGGUACUGCUGCAAACCUUCCUCGGACUGUCGAUAGCACUAGGAAUUGUGUUCAGCGGGUCUUCCAUCAACAAAACGCUCGAACUGUCGUUCAAAAAGAUUCGAAUAUCUCGUCAAUACGUCUGUCAGGGCUGUGUUACACUAGUUUCGUUAUCGCUGCUAAUCCUGUCGGCCGUUGCCGAUUACCGGGGACUAUGUUUUUCCGCCUGGGCCUAUGGUUUGGGUCUUGGAGGCUAUCGGUACACGCUCAAAAUGCUGGCAAUCGAGCGAAUCCGCGGCAAGUAUUUUUCAAAAGCCUGGGGCUUUAUCAAAAGUGCGGAAUCCUUGCCGGUCCUGUUCGGGGUGCCACUGUGUGCAUUCCUAAAUGAUUCGUCCCACCGUUACGGCCGGGCAGGAUAUUACAUUUGUGCUGCGAGCGCUGCCAUCUCAGCCAUCAUCCUGUUCUUCGUGGGGCACCCGGAUGGCAAGAACAUGAACUAUUCUGCUAAUGGGUCCAUUACGUCACGAUGCACGGCACCCACAUCCUCGACUGACUGUCAGCGUAUGCUGAAUCGUAGUUUCUCAUCCCAACGCUUCAACAACCAUCAGUGGUCCUAUCCGAACACACAGAGCACCAAUAUGUCCAGCGGCUAUCAUCCGGUAGGACGAGGUUCAUUCGGUUCUCAAUCGCAGCGCUGCCUGUCCAGCCAAUUCAUGAAUGGUGGCCUCGGACUGAGCGGGGGAGUGGGGAAUUCCGGACCAGCUGGUCGUAGUACCACCAAUCUUGUGGGGGCGGCGGCGGCUGGAUCUGGCCAGGCCACGCACAACCACAACUACCACAGCCCAUACUGCCAAAGCCGUGGCCAACCUCACGGUCAUCAUCAUCAUGGUCGGCUGCAUAAGAGUCUUUCAUUUGCCUUCCAGACGCCGUUCUUCGACGAUGAGGAGCGGUCUCAACCGAUGGGCGGCUGUCAGCGAAUGGGGGGCCACGGAGGCCAAUAUACGGCGGCCGAUUAUCCUCCCAGUAGGAGCUACUCACGAUGUGAAAUCCACCAUCAUGGUCAGCAUCAGCUGCAGCAGCAACAACAGCACAGUAAUCAUCAUCGGACCCCAUCGACGGUCGGGGUUCAUCCGGCGUCAUCAUCGGCCGGCGUCUACUUCUGCUCCAACGGCCUCCAGAGUAAUCCAUCGCGAAGCCGGAGUGUCCCGGAAGGACUAGCCACCGGGCAUCAACCGGAAGCCGGGCCCGACUGCCAUUCCUGGAAUCACUGCCACUGGACCACGGCCAACGGGGUCAACUUCUGUCGGCCGACGCGCCCGGUUCAAGUCGUGGAGCAAAUCACCACAUCCGUUUGACUAAAGUUUAAGGUUAUGCGAUUUUUCCUCUGCAUUUCGAUUCACCUGUUGGAAGGAUUGUUCUCGUAGUUUGUUCAACGUGUUGCGCUCAGGACAGCGAAAUUCGAAUCUCCAAAUGGUAGGCUUUCAACCGGCCUCUCAUCCACAUCAUAAAUCAACCAACAAUUUUUGGAGCCAACAUAACGCGCGGUUGUCAUAACACAUAUACUAAAAUUGGAUUGAUAAAAAAAAUCUUAUAUUUAACCCCCCACUCCAUACCAUGACUUUCUCUCUUAGUGUAGGCGAAGGGUAGCGAAUUGAGGCGGACGGAUGAAAAAAAAUAAUCAACGCCAAUAUAGCCCCCAUGAUGUAGAAAAUGAUAAAUGUGUUCAAUACACCGAAUAUAAUUAAUUGCGAAAGCGGAAACGAUCCGUGCAGCUAAACUGUGAAGCGUGCUCGAUUUAAUUAACAACCUAAGCAAGGCGAAACUCCGGCCGGAAACGACCCACCCAGAGAUCCUGGAAAAACGAAAUCGAAACUCGAUUUCAAAAUCAGGACAACCUGCCGGGAAAUUCUGCUGUGUACCCUAGAAAGAGUGAAAACCAAUUAAAAAAAAUGCAAAUCGCGCUAUCGUUUCGACAUUGAGUGUCGAAAAAGGGUGGAAAAAACAACUUUGAGAGAAACGUGAUGGCUUCAUGGCGGCGGGACUGAAGCGUAAUUCUAAAGUGUGUAUGUACGUGUCUGUAAAUAGUUCUGUUCCCAAUGGAUCACUACCAACUAGUGUGUCCAUUGUUAAAAUUAGUUAUCGAGUGCCAACCGAGCAGCGGCGUCCCAUUGAAAAUAACCGGAACCCCAGUGGAUCACACGAAUCAGCAGGAAGUUGGUCUGUAACUCUGAGUUAACUUUGAUUCAGUGCCAAGUUGAUGAUUUAUCGGGACGAAUGCAGUCAACGGCGCUAUUCGGUAGAUUAAAUUUUGGGGAUCGCAGAUUUAAUCAAACUUUGGCUGAUGGGUGAGAUACUUUGAUUGGAAAUUAGAUUGAGGUUUGAAACACUUUUUGAUUUUAGCCAUUGAAAAUCGCGUUGAAUCAGCAGUAGCUAGAUUUUUUAGGGAAAUAUCGGAAAUUUGAAUAAAAUUUAAAACCGAGCACUGAAUUUCGAGUGAUGGAUUACGAGUUGGGAAUUCCGAAUUGUGAAUUCCGAGUUUUGACUACCGUGUUUUGAAAUCCGGGUCUUGAAUUCGAGUACUGAAUUUCAAGUUCUGAAUUCCGUAUUCUGAACUCCGAAAUCUGAUUACCGAGCUCUGAAUUUCGAAUUCUGAAUUCCAGGUUCUGAAGUCCGAGUUUUGAAUCUCCAAGUUCUCAAUUUCGAGUUCUAAAUUACGAGAUCUGAAUUGUGGGUUCAAUAUUCCGUAUUCGAAACUCUAAAUUGCAUGUUCUUUGUUCUGAGUUUUUGAUUCCAAGUUCUAAAUUCCGAGUUCUAAAUUCCGAGUUCUGAAGUCCAAGUAUAUAAUUCCAAAUUCUGAAUGCUGAGUUCUGAAUUCCAAGUUAUCAAUUUCAAAUUUCUUGAUUUAAGUUCUGCAUUCCGAAUUCUGCAUUCCGAGUUUUGAAUUGCGAGUCAGAAUUACGAGUUCAAAAGUCCGAGUUCUCAAUUUCGAGUUCUGAAUUCCGAGGUUUGAAUUCCGGUUUCAAUAUUUCGCAUUCUGAACUCGAGAUUCCGAGUUUUGAAUUCCGAGAUUUGAAUUAAGAGUUUUAAAUUCCGAGUUUUUAAAAUUCCGAGUUCUAAAUUACGAGUUUUAUAUUCCGAGUUAUUAAUUCAGAGUACUAAAGCCCUAGCUCUGUAUUUCGAAUUCUGAAGUCCGAGUUCUCAAUUCCUCGGUCUAAAUUCCAAGUAUAUAAUUCCGAGUUCUGUAUUCUGAAGUCUAAGUUCUGAAUUUUGUGUUCUGAAUUCCAAGUUUUGAACGACUUCGAAUUUCUAGAUUCUUCUUUCCGAAUUCUGAGUUCCGAGUUUUGAAUUGCGAGUCUUAAUUCCGAGGUCUGAAUUCUUGGUACAAUAUUCUGUAUUCUGAACUCCAGAUUCUGAGUUUUGAAUUUCAAGAAUUGAAUUUAGAGUUUUAUAUUCCGUGUUUUUUAAUUCAGAGUUCUGAAUUCUAUGUUUUAAGUUCAAAGUUUUUAAUUACGAGUUCAAAAUUCCGAGUUCUAAAUUCCGAGUUCUAAAUUUCGAGUUCUAAAUUCCGAGUUCUAAAUUCCGAGUACUGCAGUCCGAGCUCUGAAUCCCGAAUUCCGAAUUCCAAGCUCUGCAGUUCGAGUUCUGAAUUCCUCGUCUCGAAUUUCAAGUAUAUAUUACCGAAUUCUGUAUUCCUAAGGCUGAGUUCUGACUUUUAUGUUCUGUAAAUUUGUUUUUCGGCAUAUCGGUGAAAAGUAGUUCUGAAAUUGAUAAAGAUGGAUAGAGAAGUGAGAAGAAAAUUUACAGAUGUUGAAAAGAGCGAAAGAGCAUUUUUGCGAGGAAACUUAUUAACGUACACCAUACUUUACC